AUGCCCCUCGUCCUCGAAGCAGACAGCAAAGACAGCCGACGUCCCCCCGGCGCCGCAGAAGUGUGUGACAAAGGGAACAUGACUGCCAGCACCGCUGCUCCCGUCCGGCCCGGGACCAGCGUCACCCUCUCCUGCCAGCGGGAAGCCCUGCGGCACGCCGAGCAGUGCAGGAUAGCUAUUUUCUUUAACGGCUCUGAACUAAUUAGCAAUUACGGCAGUUCAGUAAGCACCGAGUUUCUAGUCCGUACAUAUGGCAAACACAUGUUUACGUGCAAAGUAGUUUGUGAACACAAGAAAAAACUCAUUUGUGGAAUCGAUAUAGAAUCUGGAAAUCCUCCGGAUGAGCCCAGAAACGUGUCGUGUCUCCAGAACGGGACAGACGGGCAUCCCACCUGCACCUGGGACAAGGGACAGCUCACACACAUCAACACCACCUACGUCAUACAGCUAUCGAAUGGGACGGAUGUCUUCUGUGUUGCAGAAGAUAGCCUGGAUAAGAAGUUUGGCUCGCUGGCUCUCGGCAAGUUGAAUUUCAACUCUACUUACACCGUUGUGGUUGCCGCAUCCAACGAGCUAGGAAGUGCUUUUUCACAACCGCUCGUGUUCACGUUAAUAGACAUAGUGAAACCACAUCCUCCCAGCUUUUUGGUGGAAUUCACAAACUCUUCUGCCACCAGCUGCACCUUUUUUUGGCACGACGAAGCACGAGCGCGACACUGCAGGCUGAGAUACCGCCCGCUUGCCGGGCACGCCUGGAGCACGGUUGAAGGCUUGAAGAGUGAGAAGUGCACUCUUUAUGGUCUGGAGCCUCACACAACCUACGAGUUUCAGGUCAGCUGUAAAAUCCACCCCGAGCGAGGACUGUGGAGUGACUGGCGGACGUACCAAACCCGGACUCCAGAAGCAGUGCCGACCGGGCUCCUGGAUGUCUGGUACCGACAGCAGGACGUGGACUCCCAAAGACAGAACAUCUCUCUGUUUUGGAAG